CAUGAAACUAAAUUCUGACAGAACUGUCAUUCGCUCGAUCGGCCAUUUUUGUAGUGCUGGUAAAAAUCGUAGGCACGAAAAAAGUUAUUUUUACGGUUUUUGUGCAAAAUUUCUUUAUAAAUAAUCAGUUAAAAAGUUGCAAAAGGAAGUACGAUGCCUGCGCUAGACGAAAUCAAAUCCUCCUGGGCCGAUGAAGUGGAGUUAGAUUCCGGCUCGUUGCCGCCGCCGACGGAAAUUAUCGAAAAUGGCCAAAAGGUCGUCACCGAGUAUAAAUACAAAGAUGACAAAAAGGUGAAGGUGGUUCGGACGUAUAAGAUAACGCGACUGGUGGUUCCGAAGAGCAUCGCCAAGCGUAAGAACUGGAAAAAAUUCGGCGACUCGGAGAAUGAUAAGCCCGGACCGAACCCAGGCACAACAAUGGUUUCGGAAGAUAUCUACAUGCAGUUUGUUAGCAACAAGGAGGAGGAGCAAAAGUCGGAAAAUCCGCUAGAUUCGGUAAAGAACAUUGCCAAGUGUCGGAAUUGCGAGGGCGAACAUUGGUCAGUGCAGUGCCCAUACAGGGCGCAGUACGAAUCUGGAAAAGCUAAACCAGCUAUACAAGUGCCCCAAGAAAUGGCCCCAACAACUACGAAGAGCGGCAAAUACGUUCCCCCGAGUAUGCGCGAAAGCCAGAAGCCGGGUAUGGGUGGCAACCCGAGAGGACGCGACGACACCACUGCCAUCCGUAUUUCUAAUCUGUCGGAGGCGAUGACGGAAGCCGAUCUGGAGGAGUUGGUGAAGAGGAUUGGUCCGCACAGCAAGAUGUUUUUGGCUCGCGACAAGAACACCGGUUUGUGCAAAGGGUUCGCCUACGUACACUUCAAAUCUCGCCGCGACGCUGCUACUGCUAUUGAGCUUCUCAAUGGGCACGGCUACGAUCAUUUGAUCUUGAAUGUCGAAUGGUCCAAACCGCAGAAUCCGCAGUAGGAAUUGUUGCAGAGUUGGGAAUUAGGAACUAAGUUGUGGUGCGCGUUAUAUUAUGCUUCAUGCUAAGAUGUGCUUUCCAAUAUAUGGCGAACUGGAA